AUGCAGACAUCACAACAGGCCUCCGGCGGAGAAUCAUCAUCUUUCGUCAACAACGAGAACAUCGGCAAUACCGGGCCCCCUUGUCGCUGUGGAAGAUCUACUAAGUUGCUGAAAGCGUGGACAGACGAGAAUCCAGGACGACGUUUUUUCUGCUGUGGUGUUCACGGAUUCUCGUCUUGGUCGGAUGCGGAGGAGCCCCAUGGUUGGCAGAUGACUAGUCUACUGGAAGCUCGAGACCAGAUCGAGCGGCAACGAAGUGAAAUCCACAAAUUGAAAUCAGAAAUUAGGGUUCUUAGGCGGCGAAGAACCCCACCGCCGGCGGGUUCCGAAGACAAUCUGGACUGUACUAGGGCAGGAGCGGAUCAAUCUGAGGAGUACAAUCAAUUAGAGUCAGAGGUGCUGAAGGUGAGUGAGAGAGAGAGAGUUUUACGACAAGUGCUUCUGAUUUCGUGGGGAGGUUUUCUUGCAGCAACCGCCAUCAUCAUCAGCAUGACUAAGAAGUAA